GUAAGGUCAGUAAAAGUUGGCAAUCUCUCCUCAGGAGCAACAGAGCAUGACAUAAAAGAGUUCUUCUCUUUUUCUGGUGAAGUUGAAAGCAUCGAUAUCCAAGGUAGCAGUGACGAGCACAGUGCUUAUGUCACCUUCAAAGAUCCUCAAGGAGCAGAGACUGCUGUGCUCUUAUCAGGUGCGAGUAUUGCCGAUCAAGCAGUUAUCAUUGAGAUGGCUCCUACCUACACUCCACCUGCAGCCCCUCAUGCUGAAACACAGAGCGGUGGCGGAGGCGCCGCAGACUCUGUUGUGCAGAAGGCAGAAGAUGUUGUGAGCACCAUGUUAGCAAAGGGUUUCAUUCUCGGGAAAGACGCUGUCGGCAAAGCAAAAGCUUUUGAUGAGAAACUCGGUUUCACCUCAACCGCAACAGCAGGAGUGGCUUCGAUAGACCAGAAGAUCGGACUAAGCCAAAAAAUCACAGCGGGUACUAGCUUGGUGAACGAAAAGAUCAAAGAGGUGGACCAAAGCUUCCAGGUUUCAGAGAGGACCAAGUCUGCGUUUGCGACUGCGGAACAGACGGUGAGCAGCGCAGGUUCGGCUGUGAUGCAGAACCGUUAUGUGUUAACUGGUGUGAGCUGGGCCGCAGGAGCGUUCAGCAGAGUGGCUAAAGCGGCUGGAGAGGUUGGACAGAAAACAAAAGAGAAGGUUGAAGCUGAGCAACCGCCACAACCGUCGCAGCCGCAGCCGCAGCCGCAGCCGCAGCCGCAGCAGCAACCACCAGAAGGGUAUUCUCCGAUUCAUUCGUCUGAAUACCCCAAGAACUAA